UUUGUGAACAGAGAGAGACCCAUCCGUACGCAAAACACUGCCAGAUAAUCUGAUUUCGUUUGCAUGGUAAAUGGAAACCUGAUCGGUUAACGGAACAAGGAGGAGUGACUUGCGGCUACUCAUUAAACAUGUCUUCGUCCACAAGCGAAGUCAUUCAUUUAGAUGAGAUCAAGAAGGAAAGCCUGCGGGUAGACAGACGAGGGAGUGCCAAGCCACCGGCGCUGGGCUCGGUGGAGUUCAGUACGGAGCGUCCCGUUGCCGACGCAGCCCCGUCUGAACUUAUGGAGAGCGCGCCUUUGCUGGCGUUUUCCCCCGACCAAGUGGCGUGUGUCUGCGAGGCUCUGCAGCAGGGUGGCAACGUGGACCGGUUGGCCAGAUUCUUAUGGUCGUUACCACAGAGCGACUUGCUACGCGGUAACGAAAGCAUCUUAAAAGCCCAGGCUCUCGUGGCUUUCCAUCAGGCUCGCUACCAGGAGCUCUACUGUAUCCUAGAGAGCCACAGCUUCAGCCCGGCAAACCACCCCGCGCUCCAGGAUAUAUGGUACAAGGCGAGAUACAGCGAGGCGGAGAAGGUUCGAGGCAGAGCCCUGGGCGCCGUGGAUAAAUACCGCCUGCGUCGGAAGUACCCCUUACCUCGAACUAUCUGGGAUGGAGAAGAAACGGUGUAUUGCUUCAAGGAGCGAUCCCGGAACGCACUGAAGGAGAUGUACAAGCAGAAUAGGUAUCCAUCGCCGGCCGAGAAGAGGAAUCUGGCCAAAAUCACGGGACUGUCGCUGACUCAGGUCAGCAACUGGUUUAAAAACCGGAGACAGAGGGACAGAAACCCGUCCGAAGCGCAGUCAAAGAGUGAAUCUGAUGGCAACCACAGCACCGAGGAUGAGGCCAGCAAAGGCCAGGACGAUCUCUCCCCCCGACCCCUCUCCAGCGGCUCCAGUGGGGGGGCGCCAGUCGUUCAGCAGAUCGGCGACGUGGGGGCCGGCCCGGGCCGUGGGGGUGCCCAGCACUUCAGUGGGAACCUCUCCAGUGGCAGCACCACGUUUUUCAACAGUGCCUCCUGCCUCCAGCCCAAUGGCAGCUUCCUCCUGGGCAGCUUUGGCCUGGGGAACCCGCCUCUGACCUUUAACCCCUUAGCCCCAUCCCCAGGGCCACUGCUGGGGGAUCACAGCGAGAAUGCAGAGCUGCAGCCCGCCCACGAGCGGUCCCUGGCCGCUGGCCCCCCCGUGUACCCCCCCUUCCCUCUAUGCUCGAAUGGCUUGGAGGUGAAGCUGGAGGGGGCCCCAGGAGGGCCAGGCCCCGCCAUGGUCACCUUGGCCCCCUCCCUUGGGCCACUGCACCUUAGCCCCAGCCUGGGCCACACCCCCAGCACCAACGACAGCCAAUCACAGCUCAACGCUCAUGAGAGUGUCCCACCUCUACAAUUGCCACCCACUGCUGUAGCGCCCCCUCAUGCUGCGGUUCCCCUCCACAGUGCUGACAGUGCCCCCAGUGGCAGCUCCAUGUACUGCAGCCUGUCCCUGCCUCUUGCAACGCAGACCUCAGUCAAACAAGAGCCGGGAGAGGCUGGCCUUUACAGCUUCCCUGGGGGGCUUCGCAUGGACCGGAGUGACCAGCUGGCCUACUCUGCUCCCCUUCUUCCCUCAUCUGCCCCCUCAAACGCCGGGGAGGCCCUGCCUUGCAGCACGGCGGCACCAUCCCCUGGCUCCGAGCCCCGGGCCUUCCCGUCCCCUCCGGUGCCCAGCACGCCUGACAGGGACAGGAGCGCAUCUCUCCUGACAGACUACGGCAGCCGGGCCUCCCCAGCCCCGCACGGCCGCUCCUUCACCUCCACCAUGCAGCAGGAGUACCUGCCCGCACAGAGCAACUCAGACGUGGCACACGGGGGGGGACAGACCCAGGACCAUGUGCCUGGAAGUGGAGCCAAAAGAAAAGGAGCUCAACAAACUGCACCGACUGCCACUGGAGGAGCAUGUGUGUGACCUUUGACCUAUGUGAGCCAUGCUCAGCCUGACAUUAGUGGUCAUAUCGUACACAUUUACACUCCGGGAUACAGUCAUGUUAAAUUAUUAGAUUGAUUCCCAGGAUAUCGGUGGGACAAUUAACAGUGCACUUAAAAGGAACUGCGUCGAGGACGCAGCUACAUCCAGUUGUCAUUCUGAUGCUGUCGAAUGCUGCAAAACCUUCUCUGUUUCCCCCUAUGUUGCCUCUAACUGCUUUAGUCAAUCUUGUGGUGAAGCACGGAGCAGAGGUCUCUUCUUAAAGAAAUGCUUUCUUUUUUCUGCAUAUUCUCUCUCGUUUCCCAGAGUGCAGUCCCUCUCUGCUUCUCCAGUGCCCUGCGUUCAGACAUGCCUCUCAGGCCAAUGUGGAAUGAAAAAAAAUCGGCCCAUUACUGACAGAGUGUCCCCCCCCCCCACCCGUGGCCCCCAAUCUCACAGUAAAACAUCCGCUGGCCUAUUGUACGAUGUAAUAGAAGCAGAACUUGCUCACUGCCUGUGAAGCGUUCGGCGUUCGGCGGCGCGUGAUUGGACGCCGGAGAGGGCUGUGGGACUGAUCCACAUGAGCUACCUGCCAGUGUGAUGUAUGAGCGUCGGGACCAUUCAGGAAUGUGCCACUUGAAUGGGCCUCCUCAAGAUGGUCCUUAAUGCAAAAUUUUAUUUGAUUUUGUUUGUUUUUUUGGGCUUUCCACAUUAACAUUGAAAGAUGUCUAAUGUUACUUACUUUUGCACAUCUGUUUCCUGCUGCUUUUGAUGGAGUCUUGGGUUGCAAGCUAACACUUCACAUUUCACAUAACAUGUCCGUUCUGCUAAUCUCCACCUUCGUCAGACACAGUGGCCUCUAAGGGUGCUGACAUUUAUAUGGUUGGAUUGUUUGUUUGUAUUCAAAAACGACCUGGGCUUAUUUUUAACCCCCCCCCCAUUAAAUCUUUAUAUUUGUACUUGUCAGAUGUUCAUGUUGUUCCUUGCUUUAAGUAUCAUCAAAUAAUGGCUUGUUAUUAUUGGAUAUCGGUGUGUGCCCUUAUUUGCUAUACCUGAGGUGACUAAGCCAAGACUGGGUCUGUUUUUGUCUUUUUUAACUUAGCAAAAACUUUGACGGUGACCCAGACCCAGACCCAGACCGCGCUCUGCACAGUGCUGUGAUUGUUUGCCUGCAUCUGACGGCCUGGACUUCAUUAGCCCCAGUUCCCAAUCCAGCUUCUUAUUCAAAUAAACAGCUGUGGGCUCCAGCACGGGUGUCAGCGCUGAGUGGGCCAGCUCAGAUGCCCCCCCCCCCCCCCCCCACAAGACCAGCACCGCCCCCUGUCAUCUCUGCUGAUAUGCUCUGACCUGCAGCUUCCUUACACCAAAUGCACUACGAAUCUCUAAAAUGCAAGGAAGGUGAAAGUGUAUUUUUUUCUUAGGUUGUUGUUGAAAUCAACAAAAAUGUAAGCAUUAAACACCGAGUCUCCGUUGUCAGAAGCAGAAUGCUGAAUAUAAAUCAGUUCGCCGAAAGUAUGGCUUGUAAUCAUUUGUUUAUCUACCAAGUCGU